AUGAAGCGAUCCUCGCCGACCAACCACUCUCAGGACGAACAUAAGGAAAAGGCACCUCGUCGACAAGAACCUGUCUCAUGCCAAUUCUGUCGGACCAAAAAGCUCAAGUGUGAUCGCAUGUUUCCAUGCUCGAAUUGUCGAGCUCGUAAAGUGUCCUGUAUAUCGACCGGAGGCCACGCAGAUCCUUUACGCACUCAAUUAGUCUCUCCUACCUCGGUGGAAUCAUCAGGUCAAGAGAUUGAGGAGCUGAAUGUACGCCUAAGAAGGUUGGAGGAACUUCUUACAAAGAUUGCGAAUCCGCUGAGCAGUUCAAUAGAUAUCUCAUCUGGCAUUUCAAGGCAAGAAACGCCCGCUGAAGAUGUUCAAAUUACAAACACAGUCUCAUGGCUAGAGUCUGAUGCAUUCGAGCACCGAAACCCUCACGCUUCGACAAACUAUGAUCUUCUCUCGUACGAUGAUGAAAUCACUCAAAAUUUUGCUGCUUCGUUUUUGUCUUCCUCGGGUGCUUCCGUACGAAUUGGUCUCGACACUCAAGCUUUAGCUUUACUUCCGUCUAGAAAACAUGCAAAAGUUCUCGUUGAAUAUUUCAUUGAUACUGUCCUUCGGAUUUAUCACAUCAUUCAUGUACCCACUCUCGAAUCUCAUCUGAACAACUUAUACGACGACCUCGAACAAAACCAACAGCCUCAAUACGAUCAACUCGGUCUUCUUUCUACAGUAUUCGCAUUGAGUGUCUAUUUUCAAGGAGUCGAACCACUGUCGUUGACUCGACGUUGGACACUAUUGGCUCAAAAGGCCAUGUGUGCUGCCAAUUUCAUCGGAAUGCCAACAAUAGCGUCUAUACAGACAGCACUAUUGAUAGCACAGCAUCUUUUACCUAAUAUCGGAGGCAUUGCAACAUUCCGAGUUUUAUUUACCACAGCAAUGCAUUCGGCACGUUCUUUAGGAUUUGAUCAACUUGAUUCUGUUCAGAGCAAGAAGCGAAGAGAUGGGAAACAAUUAAACUACAUUGAACUCGAAAUCAAACGUAGAAUUUGGUGGCACAUUACAUCUACUGAUUGGCAGGUUAACCCAGAUCCCUUCUUCAUGCCGUAUCUGACAAAAUUUAGGAUUAUGUCUUUCAUGAGCGGUCCGCAAAGUGGCACAUAUAUGAUCCACCCACUACAAAUGAGAUGUGAUUACCCAAGUCAUGUUAAUGAUGCCGACAUUGGCCCCCCAGGAAACUAUAGCCAACCCCUAUCUGUGGAAACUGAUAUGACAUAUUCUAUGUUUCGAUUUCAACUCUCGGUGAUCUGUCGGGAAAUUGUCGACGCCAUGCAAAAUCUUGACUGUGAGAUGCAUGAGCUGCCCUACGAAACGGUAUUGAGUUUUGACAAAAAACUAAGCACCAUGAUGACUGAAAUUCCUCCUGCAUUUCGUAUGGAUUCCAAAAGUCGGGCCCAGCACAAGGAUUUAGACGCGAAAUACCCUUUCUUUGCAGUACAAAGAAGCGCGGGGCAUUUUGGUGUUCAGACUAGAUUCACCCGGCUUCAUCGGCCUUAUCUCGCUCGAGGUGCUCGUGAUCCACGAUUCUCUUACAGUCGAAUGAUCUGUCUACGAUCUGCUCGCUCAGUCCUUGAACUGGGAACAGAACUUAUAGACUGGGGCAAAAAGCAGAACUUUCAAUCAGUCAGAUUGUGGACAGUAACACAUCAUAUAUUUGUAGCUACUGUCAUACUGGUAAUGGACUUUUGUUUAAACAAGGACGAUCCACGAUCGGAAGAGAGAAAAGCAGAAAUUAAGGAUGCAUUCAAAAUGCUUGAAACUUGUCAAGAAACUAGUACCAUGGCAAAAAGAGGUCUCCAACAACUGCGAGAUAUUCUACGAAGAGGAACAUCGUCUCCUAAAGAAGCUCUAUCUCAAAUUCAACUCAAUGAUAAUCAAGCCCGCGACCCUUCAAACUCCAUCAGUUCGUCAAUGCAACAAGAUUCAGAUCUCAGAAUGCCAAAAGCGAUGGCCACGUUUCCCGGCCUUGAUGUCAAUGAUCCGUCUUCAAGAGUGGAUUGGGAAAAUGUUGAUUUCGAUACUAUCGAUGAUAUCAAUUUUGAUGUUGAUUUGUCGGCUAGUGACUUUGAGGCACUUUUCCUUCAGGGAAUGACUCCUCAGUGCGGUUAA